CCGAAGUACUUUCACUUAUCUCUCUGCGUCAGUUGAAUUAGUCUGAGAGGCAGUUACAGUCGGAAAUAACACAAAGUUGGUUGUAAAGAAUUUUUUUAAUAUAUCGGGACAGACAUGACACGGCUGGAAAUCCAUAUCAUCGCGGCGCUGCUGAUAACACAAAGCGUUGCCAUCAUAAGAGUUCCCCUGCAUAAAACCAGAAGCCUGCGCCGCACGAUGAGCGACAGUGGCAUGUCCCUGGAGGAGCUUCGGGCUUUUGCGCAGCGUACCGGAGCAGCAGACAGCAGCUCUCCCUCCCCGAAGUUGCCCGUGGAGAGGCUGACCAACUUCAUGGAUGCUCAGUACUAUGGAGAGAUCAGCAUCGGCACCCCCCCUCAGGACUUCACUGUGCUGUUUGACACUGGCUCCUCCAACCUUUGGGUGCCCUCCAUUCACUGCUCCUUCCUUGAUGUGGCCUGCUGGCUUCAUCAUCGUUACAACUCGAAGAAGUCGAGCACAUAUGUUAAGAAUGGCACAGAGUUCUCCAUCCAGUACGGCAGAGGAAGCUUGUCAGGUUUCAUAAGCGAGGACACAGUCUCUGUUGCAGGUCUGUCUGUUCCUGGUCAGCAGUUUGGUGAAGCUGUGAAGCAGCCUGGCAUCACAUUUGCUGUUGCACGGUUCGAUGGGAUCUUGGGCAUGGCCUACCCCUCCAUAUCAGUAGCUAAUGUUGUCCCGGUGUUUGACACAGCCAUGGCUGCCAAGCUGCUGCCCCAGAACGUCUUCUCUUUCUACAUAAGCAGAGACCAGACAGCAGCGGUAGGAGGAGAACUGAUCCUGGGUGGGACAGAUCCGCAGUACUACACCGGAGACCUGCACUAUGUUAAUGUCACACGCAAGGCCUACUGGCAGAUUAAGAUGAAUGGAGUUGAAGUCGGCAGCCAGCUGACUCUUUGCAAAGCCGGUUGCCAGGCUAUUGUCGACACGGGAACGUCCUUUCUCGUAGGUCCUCGAGAGGAAAUCAGAGCGCUGCAGAAAGUCAUUGGAGCUCUGCCCCUGUUGAUGGGAGAGUAUUUCAUUGACUGUAAGAAGAUUCCGUCUCUCCCCGUCAUCUCCUUCAACAUCGGAGGGAAGAUGCUCAACUUGACAGGAGAGGAUUAUGUAGUGAAGGAGUCUCAGUUGGGUGUAUCAAUCUGUCUGUCAGGCUUCAUGGCAAUGGAUAUCCCGCCUCCUGCAGGGCCCCUGUGGAUUCUGGGAGAUGUAUUCAUCGGGAAGUACUACACUGUGUUUGACAGGAGCGCUGAUCGUGUGGGGUUUGCCCCAGCCAAGUAGUUACAGAGCACCGCUUGUCUCAGAUCACGCAGUCAAUAGUUCGUAAUGGUUGGUGUAUAUCACUCAGAGGUCUGGCUUGCUACACAAAUAACUUACAUCUGCUUAGAACAAGGACGUUUACAUGGGAAAAUGGUAUCCAGUAUGGAUUCUACAUGAAUAACCAUUUCCUCAUAUUGAGCAUGGAGUGCAGUGUUCUGCCGCUGAACAAAGGGACCGCAUUAAUUUCUUGCACUUGCCUGUGAAACUGCUUUUGAUUUUUGAGCUUUAACCUGACGUCUUGGAUAUGGCUGGGUUCCAUCAGAACGAUGCGUUUUGUUGUAUUUGUUCAGUAAUUUAGUUGCUUUGGGGGGAACAAAACACGUCAAGCUCUUGAGUGUAAUCUCCUUUCUAAGUUACCAGUUUGAAACUGUAAAACUAGAUUUCAAAAUGUUAUAACUUGAGCUGUUUUUGUACACUAAACAUAUCUCAGGAUGUUUCUUUUAGCACUCCUAUGUGAUUUUUAUUACCAAAUCUCACUGAAUAAAAGCUGAUUACUAAACGUUUAAUCAAAUUUUGGAUAGAUGGGUUUAUUUGAUUGCCUUACGAAAAAAAAAAUCAAAGAUAACCAUACAGAAUGUCAUUUUUAACAUUUAAUGACGUAUACAAAGUGCUGCACGGUUCAACUCCAGAGCUGAACCUUUUAAAAAAAAAAAAAAAAAAGAAAGAAAGAAAAAGCUGGGAAAAAAAUACACAGCAUGCAACAUAGCAUAUGGCUAGUAUGCACUCCACAAGGUAGAGGUAGUGAUCUACUUUGGGUUUUGUUUGACAAUAACAUUACAAAUGUGGCACAGUCACUCCCCCCACAUUAGCACAGUAGUAAUUUGUAGCAUAAGCUAGGUCUGCAAAGAAAGACGCUCAAUGUGCACACAAAGAAGGUCUACUGUGGGUUCAUUUUAUAAUCGUACAUCCUGGAAAAAAAAAAGAAGAAGCACUUAAUGAAGCACAAGUGAUAUUUA